GUGUCAAUGAUAAAAUAUGUCUUAAGUUUAAUGAUACAUAUUAUUUUAAAUUUUUAACAUUAUACAAUAAUAUUUACGGUUUUCACUUAGCUGGAAUCAUAGCUAUAUUCAUAUAGUGUUCCAGAGCUCUAUGAUUUAAGGCUGGAAUGCUGUUCUGUUGAUAUUUGUGUACCUUAUAGUUUAAUAAUGUUUUUGUUAUAAUAUCUUAUAUUCCUAUAGUUAUUAGUUUAUUAUAUUGUUUUAUUUUUUUUAUCUACCAAAGUCUUACUUAUUAUUAACGCCAGUGUUAUUUUAUUUGAUUGUUUCUGUUUUUAUUUUAUUACAAUUUCCGGCUCGCAAAUUAAUUACCUUUUUGAUACCUAGUAUGGAUUCUCCAUUUAAAACUCCAUCUAAGUGGCCCGUGUCUCAAAUUUUACCAUCCAGUGGUUCAUCUUCACCAUUUACGCCAAAAAGAAGUAGAAUUAAGAAGAUAAGUAGUGAAGAACAUAAUUCUGUCUCCCGGAUUUUGGCGUUUGAUGAAUCCAAUAGCCGCUCACCUACUAGAAGGAAACUAGAUUUUGUAUCAUUUAGUCAGCAGUCAUUUUUAAUUGGUGAAAAUGAACUUAUUCAAUCUGAACAGACAACACCUGUUAAAAUAGAUCAAUCAAAUCUUGAAAAAAAUAACAUUUUAUUAUCUCCAAGUAUUAGGGUUCAUCCUAAAAGAUUUAAUAUUUCUGAACAAGAUAAAAAUAUCAAAUCUUCUUCAAAUAAAAGAAGUGGUUCAAAUAACUCUACACCAUCCAAAAAAUCAAAAAUGUUAAAUGCAAGUGCAAAUUGUAAGAAAAUAACUUCUUAUUUCCAACCUACACAAAACAGAACAGAUUCAAUUAUAAAUGGCUUUGGUAAUAAUUGUUUGAAAGCUAAACACAAAUCCAAUGAAGAGAAUAUGAAUCCUACAGUUGAAAACUGUAUUAAAUCUGAAUUUGGUAUUAACAAUACAGAAAGUUAUAAAAAUAAAAUACCUGGCCAAAUUCAACCAUCAAAAAAAAAUACAUCUGAACAAAGUUUAAAUCAUAAAAAUGACAAACUAAAGAAAAAUGUUAUUGAGGGACAAGUUACCUUAAACAAUAAUGAUAAUAUUAAUAACAUUGAAGGUCAUCCGUCAAAAUUAAAUGGUGUUAGCUCAAGCCUUCCUAACGAGAAAAAAACAAGUCCUAAAAGAAAAGCUGUUAAAGGUCCAUAUUCAAAUAAAACAACAGUAAAAGAAUUAAAUAUUGCAGGACAAGUUACUCCAAGUAAAAAUGGAAGUAUAAAUAAUACUCCUUUGACAAGUCCAAGAAUUAUGGAAUACUUAGAAAAUAAAGUUGAUAUUUCUGGUGGCGAUACCUACAGCAGAUUUAUUAAGUUCAUUGUUCUCAAAGCUGAAAUAUUUUGUUUCGGGAAAGAAGACAUAAUGAAAAAAAUUGAAGGUGCAACUCAUGAUGAACUUAAGAUUUAUGGGAGAUUGAUAUCUAGAAAACAUGGGUGGAUUCGUUUAAGUGGAGCCGAUGGACUUCAAAAGUAUAGAGAGUUAAAUUUAUGUAAUGAUUUUGAUGGUGUUUUAGAAUCAUUAGCAACCAAACAAUUAAUAAAUACAGAUGUUAUUUUUUGUGAGCUCGACUGCCUAUUAAAUAUUCUAAAAUCUCAAGAACUUAAAGAAUUACAAAAAACAUUCAAAAUUAAAUUAAGUUCCAGCAAGAGUCAGACUAAACCUGAAAUGAUAAAAUCAUUCAUUAAUCUUGUAAAGAAUCAAAGAACAUUUUGUGGGAAUUCCGCGAGUAAUUUAAAAGAACGAGUCAAAAAAAUAAUUGGCUACUGCGUGAAACUAUCAGAUACAUCAAGGGAUGAUAUAAUGAGCUGCUUAAUUUAUGAAUCGUACCCUUAUUUCAUUGGAGAUGAAAAGGACAGAUUUCGUGAUUGUUUUAAUAGAUUUUCUAUGGUUGAAAAAAAUUUACUAAAAUUUCCCACUUUUGAAGCAAAACGAGUUUCAAUUAAUUUCAGUUCAAAAGAUAGCUUUGAAAUGUACAAAAUUGCUUUAAAUCUUCGUCAUGAAGUUCAGUUACUUUUAGAGCAAAAAGAUCAUGAAAAUGCUAUUUUAGUUUUGUGUAUUAUGUUUGAAAAUUUCAAAUCUGCUGUGUGUGAUAAAUCUAUUGUAGAAUCACUAUUAAAAAUACCUACCUAUUUGCGAAAAUACUCAGCAAUUUCUGUAUAUGCCCAUACAUUGUUCAAAAAUAUAACAAUAUUAAAAAAAUGUACCAGUAAUGUAGACUUGACCAAAGAAGUGUUGGAAUUUUUGUUAAAACAUAAAGAAUUUUCAAUAUCUAAGCGAGCUGAUUUACAUAUUGAAUUAGCCAAAGUUUUUGAAUCACAAUAUAAACAAUUAGAUCUUGCUGCAAAAGUUAUACUUGAUGGCCUCAAGGAUGAUAGUAUGACUGAAUUGGGUCGUCAAAUGUUGUCAAAGAGAGCAUUGAUGUAUGCAAAUCGAAAAAUCAGGAAGUUGAAUAGUGAAUUAAAAAAUGAAUUGUUGAGUGUUACUUCAGAGGCAGGAAAACAACCACCUACCACAACAAUAAGUGGACAAAUAAUUUCUGUUAAGGAGAAAGGUUCAUCUGGCCGUAAGCAAGUUUAUUCGAAGAAGACUGAGAAUGGUGACUUACAUUACAUGUCUGUUGAAGAACUAGCCUUAUCACACUAUAAAAGUCAAGGAUUUAUAAAUGGAUUGCACGAUGAGGGUCAGCUUAUAAAGUCAAUGUUCUUAUUAUGUUUUUGGGAAAUAAUAUACGGUAGUUAUACACCCCAUGUUCUUUUUAUCAGCCCUUAUCAAGAUUGCCCAUUGGAUUGGAGAACUCGUCAUUUCUAUGAAAUAAGGGAACAAAAAAUUAAAGAUAGAAUGGCAGAACUGAAACAAAUGAAUGUUGAUCAAAUAUGUGAUAUGUUGAAAAAGUGCUGCGAUGAAUACUAUGAUACUCAAUCUGUAGUAAAUUGGAAAUAUAUGAAUGUUGAUAACUUAGAUUUGUGCCAUACAUUGCUAGAGUGUGUUGGAAUAGAAGUGUUCCUUGCAAUUGGUGAUCAAAUAUUGAAAGAUGGCAGAAUUUAUUUGCACGGUAUGCCAGACCUUGUUGUUUGGGAUGUUUCUAGGCAUAAGUGCAUAUUUGUUGAAGUAAAAGGGCCAAAUGAUAAAUUAUCAGAAAGGCAAUAUUCUUGGUUACUUAAGCUUAUGGAGUUUGGUGCUAAUGUUGAAGUUUGUCAUGUUGUUGGAAAUGGAGGCAAAAAUACGUAACCAGUAGCCAAACCUGUGAAAAUUUAAACUGACAUUGAGGAUAUUCUUCUAUUCAUUUCUUUUGUUUGAACAUUGGAUGAAUGUAUUUAUUUCAUAUUUUAAGUUAACCAUAUUAUAUAUUGUGUUGAAUAGAUUAUUUUUUUAUUAUAUUUGUACAUUAUUAUUACC